AAUACCGGUCGUGUGAAAUUGGCUGAUCAGCAGAUUCAGUUCAAAAAUACAAAAACCGGUAAAUUACAAAACAUUCCAUCGUCGGAUAUUGAUACGAUUGCAUGGAUGCGACUUGCAAAUAAACCUGGACUGAAGUUUUCGUUAUCGAAUGGAACCAGUUUACGUUUUGGAGGUUUUCACGAUAAGGAUUUCGAGAAGAUCAAAGCGUUCGCGAGUAAGAAUUGGAAUAAAGAAGUGAGUCAACUAGAACAGAGUCUAAAGGGAUGGAAUUAUGGCAAAGCUGAAGUGAAAGGUCAAGUACUGGAAUUCGAUGUGGACGAUAAGCCGUGUUUCGAGAUACCGUUGAGUAAUGUGAGCAAUUGUACGUCUGGCAAAAGCGAGGCAGUGUUGGAAUUUCACCAGAAUGACGAUUGUGCGGUUUCGUUGAUGGAGAUGCGAUUCCAUAUACCUACCGAUCCGGAUGCUGAUGAGGACGUCGAUCCGGUUGAGAUUUUGUGUACUACACCACGUGGUCGUUACGAUAUAAAAGUCUAUCAGAAUCACCUGUCGCUUCACGGUAAAACGUACGAUUAUAAGAUACCAAUCAAAACAAUAAUGAGACUCUUCCUACUGCCACAUAAAGAUGGACGUCAUAUGUAUUUUGUGGUGCAGAUUCAUUCAUUCAUUCAGAUCAGUUUGAAUCCACCACUUCGUCAAGGACAGACCAGAUAUCAUUUUCUUGUGCUCGAAUUCACGAAAGAUGAAGAAGUGGAACUGGAUUUGGGACUUACACAGUAA